AUGGUGCCCUCACUGUCUCCCAAGAAGAAGGCCCACAAGGCUGUGGACCUGAAGGUGAAGCUCAACAUCAUCGAGAGGAUGAGGAAGGGUGCCAGGGUGUCCAGCCUAGCAAAGGAGCUGAGACUUACAGUCAGCACCGUCAGCACAGUAUGGUGCAAGUGGGACCGGUACGAGGGACCGGCCAAGACCGCUGUUGAUGCUGAGUGCUUGAAGGUGGUGUGGAUGAGAGAUGAGAAGAUGAAUAAGAUGGAAUGUGCUAGUGGGUCGAGAACUGGGUUCAGCGACAUCAGCCUCUCAGCUUCGUCGCUGUACUCGAGUCUUGUCAAUGAGCAACAGCAACAGCCCUCCACUUCUUCUGCGUCUCCUUCGGCGCCUCCUGCCAGCUUCAAGGCCAGCCACGGCUGGUUUUACCUGUUUAAGGAGCGAGCUGGACUUCACAAUCUCCGCAUUCAGGGCGAGGCAGCCAUUGCGGACACUGUCACGGCACAGGAGUUUCCUGCCACACUGCAGAAGGUUGUGCAGGACAACGACCAUGAAUCCCAUCAGGUCUUUAAUAUCGACGAGAUGGGUCUCUGUUGGAAGAGGAUGCCCAGCAGGACCUUGCGAUUCCAGGAGGAGAAGGUUGCACCAGGGUUCAAGGCUGUCAAGGACCUCCUAACCCUGGCUCUUGGCUGCAAUGCUUCAGGAGAUGUGAAGCUGAAACGCCUCCUGGUCUACCACUCCAAGAACCACAUAGCUCUCAAGGGUGUCCUAAAGUCCAACCUGCCGGUUGUGUGGCGUAGCAACAGGAAGGUGUACACAAGAAGCCAAAACCUGGACAACAAGUGCCUGCUGCUGCUGGACGACACACCUGGUUGCCCGCCCAACAUGAAUAACUGGUGUGACCAUGGUCUAGAUAUGCAAGGUCUUCCAUCCGUGCAUCCACUGUCACGUGUCUGUGACUCAUGUUGGCCCCGGGUCAGUGUGAUGCAGGGGCCCAGCGAGCCAGUGGUGGCGAAGUGUCUCUUCCUCCCUCAUGAUAAAUUUUGGUCCAACGUUGAACAGUUCUGA